AUGGACCAUCUCAGCGGCCCAGUGCUUCUCUCUGGGUUUCUCAUGUCCAGUAUUGUCUACUGGCAUGUAUUCCUUGUCAUCGACUUCCUCCUCCGAAGACUCGCGCCGACCAUCUACGAAAGACUCAAGCUCCAAGAUCAACUGCGGAAACUCAACCCCCUCAUACUCACCAUCGUUCGAAUGUCAAUCGGUCUCACAAUUUCUCUGCCGUCCUGCGUACAAGCCGCGCGAACAACCCCAUGGGGAGUUGAUCAGCCCUUGAAUACCGCCGGUCAAAUAUGUGUCGUAUCGCAACUCGCUGUGUGGUCAAACGAACUUCCCCUGGUGCGGAUGUACUCUCUGGAACUAUUCAUUCACCACAUUCUCUGCCUCUUCGCCGCUGCCAACAUCAUACUCUCCCCGCCGAUACAUCAAAUAAAGCCUCUAUACAUCUACUAUGCGUCAAUGAUGGGCGACGUUGGACCAGGAUCGGUAAUGAUCUUGCGAAUGACUGGCCACAGUGUCAAGACAUCUCGGUUGAUGUACUGCGUUUCCCUGGGAUCAACCUUGAUCCUGAUAUUCUGUCGUAUUGGAGGUGCUUUCUACACCCUCACCCACGUUCUUACGGAUCCGUACAAUCCCACUGAUUGGGUUUGGGUCAUAGGCGUCCUACUGUUCGGCUUCUACUCCCUGCACACUGCGUCGUGCCAUCUAAGACGGCUCGGAAUUAUCAAACUUGACCCAGAUCGAUAUAGGAUAACGUGCUUCUCCUGCUCCACGAUCCCUAUGUCGCAUUUGUUCCUUGCAUUGGCAUGUAGCGCUUCGUUGCUGUCGACGCUGUUCUUGUACGGACUGUAUCUCGACCAACCCUUGAGCCACGCAGAAAUACACUCGUUGUCACUACAUAGCCUUAUCGCAGUAGCUGUUGGCUUAACUGGGGCCGUUAUCGCCAGGCUCGCGUACCCCUACAAUGUCAUCUGGUCAAACCCUUGGGGUCGCUUUUAUCUUCCACUGGGGAUGAUCUUGACCAGUGUCUGGAUCUCGGUCAUGACCAAUUAUAUCGGCGGAGUAGCUCGAGACACAUGUCUGGCAUCAAUAGGAGUCACCGUUCCCUUGUUUUGCGCCAUUGCUAGACUUGCUCAAUACUACUCAGCCAAGGAUGCUAUCGCGGCGCACGAGAAGCCACAUGCAGAUGACAGCUGGGCUAAGAGACACAAAGAGAUGGCCCGUGAAAAUGCUGUCAUAUUCUUUGUUUCACUGGCACUUCUGACAUUCAAGGCCUUGGACCCCCCAGAGGCGGCGCGGUUAGCAGUUGCCGCCUGUCUUGUGGUCCAGUUCCGAUAUCGAUGGAACUUCGUUCCUCUGGCCGCCGCCAACUUGCAUGGUGUAGCCCAAAUCAUUGUCGCGACCAUGAUUUCAGUGCUCGAACCCGGAUUUAUUAUCUUUGCUGCCGCUGCUAGAUACAUACGGGACGAAGCCUCCUUUGCCCAUGUUGUCCUGAACUAUGCUCUCCUUGGCGGGACUGUUCUAGCAGCUGUUUCAAUAUCGGGAGGGAAGACGAAGCCGAUCCCGUAUGAGGCAGUAUCAAAGCCUUGUGAGGCAAGAAAGUCACAUCCUCUGAUCAUUCUCUUUCUUUUCAUCUGCAUGUUGCAGGCGAUUAUGGCCAGGAGGUACAUCAUGUUCGAGAAGGGCUCAACCAAAACUUGCCUCGGGUUUGAGAACUUCCGGUUUGUCUUGUCAAGUCCUUUCACCUGGGUAGGCUUGUUGCACAUGGCCUCCUUGCCACUCGUUGUUUUGAGGGGAGCUGAGUAA